GUAACGGAUGGCGGCCUGGGCCCCGUAGCAGCGGCGGCUCGACGGCUCGGGGCCCGGGCGGUUGGAGGUGGCGGUUCCCGGGACCGGCCGCGCGGUGAUCUGUGAUCAGUGAUCUUUGAUGUUACUGCUGUGACUUGCUGAAGGCUCAGAUGAUGGUUAGCAUUUUAAAAUGAAGCAAUGAUGUUGUCCACUGGGCAUAUACUGACCAAUGUGGCAGGUCUGAGAACAUAGCUGAAGCUGAAAAUAGGAAAGCUGGGGGCAAGGAAGAGCCUUGAAUCUUGAGGUGGGACGUUGACUCUAAGAUGUCCUUGAGCAGUGGAGCCUCCGGAGGGAAAGGAGUGGAUGCAAACCCGGUUGAGACAUACGACAGUGGGGAUGAAUGGGACAUUGGAGUAGGGAAUCUCAUCAUUGACCUGGACGCCGAUCUGGAAAAGGACCAGCAGAAACUGGAAAUGUCAGGCUCAAAGGAGGUGGGGAUACCAGCUCCCAAUGCUGUGGCUACACUACCAGACAACAUCAAGUUUGUGACCCCAGUGCCAGGUCCUCAAGGGAAGGAAGGCAAAUCAAAAUCUAAAAGGAAUAAGAGUGGCAAAGACAUUUACAAACCCACUUCAGGGACGUCCCUGUUCACUCAAAAUGAGGGGGCAGCUAGCAAGAAAGAGGUGCAGGGACGCUCAGGAGAUGGUGCCAAUGCAGGAAGCCUGGUUGCUGCUAUUGCUCCCAAGGGCUCAGAGAAGGCGGCUAAGGCAUCCCGCAGUGUAGCCGGCUCCAAAAAGGAGAAGGAGAGCAGCUCAUCUAAGAGCAAGAAGGAGAGAAGCGAAGGAGUGGGAACUUGUUCAGAAAAGGAUCCUGGGGUCCUCCAGCCAGUUCCCUUGGGAGGACGUGGUGGUCAGUAUGAUGGAAGCACAGGGGUGGAUCCAGGAGCUGUGGAGCCACUUGGGAGUAUAGCUAUUGAGCCUGGGGCAGCGCUCAACCCUUUGGGAGCUAAACCGGAGCCAGAGGAAGGGGAGAAUGAGUGUCGCCCGCUAAAGAAAGUCAAGUCUGAAAAGAUGGAGUCCCCUGUCUCCACACCAGCAGUGCUACCACUGCACCUUUUGGUGCCAGUGGUCAAUAAUGACAUCGCAUCCCCCUGUGAGCAGAUCAUGGUUCGUACCCGAUCAGUUGGGGUCAACACAUGUGAUGUGGCUCUGGCCACAGAGCCCGAGUGCCUGGGCCCCUGCGAACCUGGGACAAGCGUCAACCUUGAGGGCAUCGUGUGGCAGGAAACAGAAGAUGGGAUGUUGGUAGUGAAUGUAACAUGGAGGAACAAGACUUACGUAGGUACACUUCUUGACUGCACACGACAUGACUGGGCACCCCCCAGGUUCUGUGACUCUCCCACCAGUGACUUGGAAAUGCGCAACGGUCGGGGUAGAGGCAAACGUAUGCGUCCCAACAGUAACACACCUGUCAAUGAGACAGCCACAGCCUCUGACAGCAAAGGGACCAGCAGUAGCAGCAAAACCCGAGCUGGAGCCAAUAGCAAAGGCCGUCGGGGCAGCCAGAAUUCUUCAGAACAUCGCCCAGCUGCCAGCAGCACCUCUGAGGAUGUCAAGGCCAGCCCUUCCUCAGCUACUAAGCGGAAAAACAAACCCCUUUCAGACAUGGAGCUGAAUUCUAGCUCAGAGGACUCCAAAGGGAGCAAGCGUGUCCGUACUAAUUCCAUGGGCUCAGCCACUGGCCCCCUUCCUGGGACCAAAGUGGAACCCACUGUUCUAGACAGAAAUUGUCCUUCCCCAGUACUGAUUGACUGUCCCCACCCAAACUGCAACAAAAAGUACAAGCACAUCAAUGGACUUAAGUACCACCAAGCUCAUGCCCAUACAGAUGACGACAGCAAGCCAGAAGCAGAUGGAGACAGUGAGUACGGAGAGGAGCCCACCCUACAUGCAGACCUCGGGAGCUGCAAUGGUGCAUCUGUCUCACAAAAAGGUUCCUUGUCCCCUGCCCGCUCCGCUACCCCCAAAGUUCGGCUCAUAGAGCCCCAUAGCCCUUCUCCUUCAAGCAAGUUCAGCACAAAAGGCCUCUGUAAGAAAAAGUUGAGUGGGGAAGGGGACACAGAUCUCGGGGCCUUAUCCAAUGAUGGCUCUGAUGAUGGACCCUCAGUAAUGGAUGAAACAAGCAAUGACGCCUUUGAUUCUUUGGAAAGGAAGUGUAUGGAAAAAGAAAAAUGUAAAAAGCCCUCUAGUUUGAAACCUGAAAAGAUUCCUUCCAAAAGUUUAAAGUCAGCCCGGCCCAUUGCCCCUGCCAUCCCCCCACAGCAGAUUUACACCUUCCAGACAGCCACCUUCACAGCAGCAAGCCCAGGCUCCUCCUCAGGCUUGACCACCACAGUGGUCCAGGCCAUGCCCAACAGCCCCCAGCUGAAGCCCAUUCAGCCCAAGCCCACUGUGAUGGGAGAACCUUUCACAGUCAACCCUGCCUUGACUCCAGCCAAGGACAAGAAAAAGAAAGACAAAAAAAAGAAGGAAUCUUCAAAGGAACUUGAAAGUCCUCUGACCCCUGGGAAGGUGUGUCGAGCAGAAGAAGGCAAAAGCCCAUUCAGGGAAUCAUCAGGAGAUGGGAUGAAGAUGGAGGUGCUCCUAAAUGGCUCCUCAGACCCCCACCAGAGCCGACUGGCUAGCAUCAAGGCGGAAGCUGACAAGAUCUACAGCUUCACGGACAAUGCUCCCAGCCCUUCAAUUGGAGGCUGUAGCCGCUUAGAUAACACUACCCCUACCCAGCCCAUGACCCCCUUACAUGUAGUGACCCAGAAUGGGGCUGAAGCCAGCUCAGUCAAAACCAACAGCCCUGCAUACUCCGACAUCUCUGAUGCGGGGGAGGAUGGGGAGGGCAAAGUGGAAAGCGUCAAAUCAAAGGACCCUGAACAGUUGGUUAAGGAUGGGGCCAAGAAAACCCUUUUCCCCCCUCAGCCACAGAGCAAAGACUCACCAUAUUACCAAGGCUUUGAGAGUUACUACUCUCCAAGUUACACACAAUCCAGCCCAGGGGCUCUGAACUCCAGCAGCCAGGCAGGGGUGGAGAGCCAGGCCCUGAAGACAAAAAAGGAUGAGGAGCCUGAGAGCAUAGAGGGAAAAGUGAAGAACGAUGCCUGUGAGGAAAAGAAACCAGAGCUGAGCAGUUCCAGUCAGCAGCCCUCCGUCAUCCAGCAACGUCCCAACAUGUAUAUGCAGUCCCUGUACUACAACCAGUAUGCCUAUAUGCCCCCCUAUGGCUACAGCGACCAGAGCUACCACACUCACCUCCUGAGCACUAACACAGCUUACCGGCAGCAGUAUGAAGAACAGCAGAAACGGCAGAGCUUGGAGCAGCAGCAGCGGGGACUGGAUAAGAAGGCAGAGAUGGGCCUGAAGGAGCGGGAGGCAGCACUCAAGGAAGAAUGGAAGCAAAAGCCGUCAGUUCCACCAAGUCUCACCAAGGCCCCCAGCCUGACAGACCUGGUGAAGUCAGGACCCGGGAAGGCCAAGGAGCAAGGGGCUGACCCUGCCAAAUCAGUCAUUAUUCCCAAGUUGGAUGACUCUUCCAAGCUCCCCAGCCAGGCCCCGGAAGGACUUAAAGUAAAGCUGAGUGAGGCCAGCCACCUAGGCAAGGAGGCCUCUGAGGCGAAGACAGGUGCCGAGUGUGGCCGACAGGCAGAGGUGGAUCCAAUACUCUGGUACCGACAGGAAGCAGAGCCCCGGAUGUGGACAUAUGUUUAUCCUGCCAAGUACUCAGACAUCAAGUCAGAGGACGAGCGGUGGAAGGAGGAGCGGGAACGCAAACUGAAGGAGGAAAGGAGUCGGAGUAAGGACUCUGUUCCCAAGGAGGACGGGAAGGAAAGCACAAGUAGUGACUGCAAGCUGCCCACGUCUGAGGAAUCCCGCCUCGGGAGCAAGGAGCCCCGACCAAGUGUCCACGUGCCUGUGUCCUCUCCCCUCACCCAGCACCAGUCCUACAUCCCCUACAUGCACGGCUACUCCUACAGCCAGUCCUAUGACCCCAACCACCCCAGCUACCGGGGCAUGCCUGCCGUGAUGAUGCAGAACUACCCAGGUUCCUACCUGCCUUCCAGCUACUCUUUCUCCCCGUAUGGCAGCAAGGUCUCAGGGGGUGAAGAUGCUGACAAGGCACGAGCCAGCCCCAGUGUCAGUUGUAAAUCCAGCUCAGAGUCCAAAGCCCUGGACCUCUUGCAGCAGCAUGCCAGUCAUUACAAGAGCAAGUCUCCCACGAUAAGUGAUAAAACUUCUCAGGAGAGAGAUCGGGGAGGCUGUGGGGCGGUUGGGGGUGGUGGCAGCUGUAGCAGCGUCGGGGGAGCAGGCGGGGGUGAAAGGAGUGUUGACCGGCCCCGAACCUCCCCUUCUCAGCGCCUGAUGUCCACACACCACCACCACCACCACUUGGGGUACUCAUUGCUCCCAGCACAGUACAACUUACCCUAUGCAGCAGGGCUUUCUUCUACAGCCAUUGUUGCCAGCCAGCAAGGCUCGACUCCUUCACUCUACCCACCCCCCCGGAGGUGAGAAUG